AUGAAACGUCAACCUAUUGACUGGUACAACAUUAUCAUGGAGAAGCUCUUGACGCCGCUGCGAGCUGGCGCGUUAUCUGCAACGGCGCUGCUUCGCACCCGUGAGCUGGGCGUCUGCGUGCGUUGCUGUUUACGCUUUUCUUGUAUCGAUGAGAUGGAUAUAUAUGCGUUCUCGGAGACCAAGUUAUUGGAUGCUAUGAAUAAAUUUGCGAAUGAUAAUGGUGUGGUGGUGUCUGAAUCACACGAAGUGUCGGUCUGUACGUGUUGUUUAGGAGUUUUGAGUGGAGACUUUUACCAAAAGAUACUGGCUGACGUGCAGCGGCUGGCGGAGAAGGGAGACUAUGACAUGAAGGUGUUUUCGCUCAACAUUAAGCUGCCCAGUGUGGUACUACUGCGCGAGUACUCACUGCUACACUUUCUGCACUUGGAACUUGGCAACUUUUUCCACAAAACGUCUUUUGAUGUAAAGGACGUGCUUAAGGCUUUAUUGACGCCACACAUAUCGCAGAUAUUCCAAAAUGGUGAGUAUGCUACCAAGAGUGAGUUUGCGGUACUAAUUGACAUCAAGCACGAUGAAUCUGCCGACGAAGUGCGCCAGAUUCCGUCCAUCAAGCAACAGCUAGAAGGGACACGAAAGCGUGGUCGUGGUCCACCCCCUGUAGUCGAUGGUUUUGGCGCAGUUUUCCGUGCCCUUGCAACACUUCCGACUAUGCCUGAGACGAUUAAGAGUCCACCCAGUCGACUUGCAACGGCACCCCGUGCUGUGGCCACAUUCGAGCGCGACUCUGUGUACAUGCAGGGGCGAUACCUCAAAUUUCAGCGUGGACUUAGCCAGACGCCGUGGAUUUUAGAUGACGAACGGAUGGGCGAAUCCUCGGUGGAAGAGUGCAUUGGUGAUAUUGCGUUGCCAUUUUUUCGAGGAUCGGGCUACAAGUUCCACACGGCAGGGCGUGAAGACGUUGAUGUGCGAAUGUUAGGCAAUGGAAGACCAUUCAUUUUGGAGAUUUUUGACGCCAAGAAGGCUUUCCUGAAUCAGUAUGAGUAUGAUCAGGUUCAAAAGGCAGUGAACGAUGCAAACAGUGGCGCUGUUAGAAUUGUACAAGUUAAGAGCUCAACAAGGGAUUAUUUUGCGGGUUUGCAAGCCGGUGCAGACUCCAAGAAGAAAACCUACUGCUGUGUCGUGUGGUCGGAAGGAGUCUUAACACCUGAGGUUAUUGCGAAUAUUGAUGGAAUUCACGACCUCGCCAUUCAGCAGCAGACUCCAAUCCGCGUGCUGCACCGCAGAACGCAGAUGACCCGGCCAAAGGUUAUACAUGCUGCCAAGUGUGAAGUGCUGAACAAGCACUAUAUGCUGUUACGUCUCACAACGUCUGCAGGAACGUACGUGAAGGAGUUUAUACAUGGUGAUCGUGGUCGUACUAAUCCCAAUGUUACAUCGAUUUUGGGCUGUGAUGCUGACAUUAUCCAGCUCGACGUUGAGAGCCUCAUCGACGCUAAGUAG